UGUUAAAUAUGCUUGAUGUCAUUUCAACAUUCUCUAUUCAUUCUUCUCAAAGUAAAAGGUAUGAGGAAAUAGUCUAAUUAAUAGAAAUGGAUAAACAGGAAAUCUAUCCAAAGGAUCCACAGCCAGACAAUCAACAAGGCCAACCUAGAAAUUUCACAAAAUACAAUUAGAUGAUUAAGCUUUUAAAACUACUCCAAAAAGUGAAUAAAGAAAAUAUAAGGGGAUUUAAACAAUAAGUGAAUAAAAUAAUUAAAGAGAGAAUGAAAAUGAAAACAAAUUUGAAAGCAACAUUUAUCCAUUGAUCAUUUUUUAAAAAAGUAAAUAUUAGUGAUUAACAAGUAAGUCUCCUACCGUCAGCUUUUGAAAGAAAGUAAUUAAUUCAUAAUUUUUAGUAAAGUUCGAAAAAGAUAUAAAAUCUCUUCAUCCAUCUGACAAACGAAAUUUAGUAAUAUACAGAAUCAUUUGUGAACUUUUUUAAGAACUCUAAUUUGAAAUACAAAACAUAUUGAUUUGUUAACAUCCUAUUUCAAAACUAUUUUACAUUUAUUUUUCUGAUACUAAUUACUGUCCAAUCUCAAAAUGUUGUAACAACAAUGUAGUAAUAAGAAUUGGUGAGGCAUUAGGUGGAGAGAUUAAAUGCUUAAAUCCUAAGUGUCCGUUAGGAGUUUUAACUACCUUUGAAAUAGAGGAGAAGAUUCUUUGGAAUUCAAAAGUUUAAUAAAAAAGAGCUAUCUCAACAUUUAUUUCAAGCGGAAAAUACAGAACCAGGAGUUUAUUGUAAUCAGUUCAAGUUCCUGAAACCUAUAAUGCUUAUGCUCAACCAGAAUAAAAAUAAAACUAAAAUUCUUGGAAAAGAUCUUCUACUUUUUAUUAAAAAGCUAGUUAAACAAAUUAGGAAUAGGUGUAUAAAUAUGAGUUAUCCAAAAAUUUAUUACUAAACUCUUAAAUAUUCAAUAAGAAUUUUGAUGAUUAAAUGGAUGAAAAAUAUAGAUAUUAAUGGAAAUUUUGA